AUGGCGAUUCUGCCCACAGUUCCCGGUCUCGAAAUUGACAUUUGCAUCGACGGGAAACGCGUACGAGAGUAUACAGAUCCCACCCAUAGAUCGCCAUGGACAAAUCAAUCAUUCAAAUACAUCGAAUCGAAGAGCGGAAAAGAAUUUGCCAUAGUCGUGCGAGUGCAGUCGCCCUUCGAGAUCGAAACCCAUGCCAUUGCCGCGAAAGUUGAGGUUGAUGGAGUCAAUGUUUUGGGUCCUCUGUUUCGAAAGGAGAGAUAUGAGAGCAUGGAGGGCUUACUCAGUCAUACGAUCUAUGGGGUACCUGAGCGUGAUGGUGUUAGGACUUUUCAGUUUGUGGAGUUGCCGAAAUGUGAGGGUGAUCCUGCGAUAAACCGAGAGCAGGCGACUGUCAAGAAUAAUUGCAAGAUUGGGAGCAUCGUUGUCAGAGUGUUUGAAUGCGAUUUGUUCAAGCAAUGGAACACAGUGGAUGAACAAAAAUUGCCCGUACCAGAUUUCAGCACAGAUCUCGGACCUGAAAAAACUCAUGCCAUAUCGCAGGGAAGACUCAAGAAGGCAGCGCCGAUGGCAGCUUGGAAGAUUCGGCAGAAGGAUUCUAGACCCAUUGGGACAUUCAUUUUUGAAUAUCGAUCAUUUGAUGCACUUCAAGACCUCGACGUCGUCACAUUCCGCCCAUCCCCCAAGAAGAAAGCAUCAUAUCGUGCUAUCUCGCCACCCCCUGAACCUCCCGCUAAAGCAAAGAAAAUCACAGAUGAGGACGUAUUCGGCUCUGUCGCUAGAGAUGACACGGAAGAUUUUGAACCUCGAGAAGAUAUGGACGGACAUCCUCAUACUCCUGAUAAGUCAGCGUUCAAUCUCCGCAAGAACUCCAGCAAGAUAGCGACGCCUUCUAAGAAGAGAACGAGGAGAUACAGCAGCGAUUCAUCUUCCUCGGACAAUAUCUUUCACGAGGUACCCAACGAUGAGGACAGGCCAAGCCCCAACAAAAAGCAAUUCAGUCCGUCGAAAAAGGUGGCCCAGGAACUCAGUAAAUUGUCGCUUAGGAAGUCGGAUACUGAUUCUGCGGAGGUAGAGCCAGAAGUGGUUGAUUUGAUCGCAGAGGUGUGA